AUGCCAAACGCAGAAAAGAGCAAGCAGGACUCCAUCUUGGGUAUCACCCUUAAUGAUGCCAGGCUGAUCCUCCUCGGUGUUAUCCACACCAAUAGCGAGGGCAAGAUCGAUUACGAGAAGUUCCCGUACAAAAAUGUCUCCACUGCCACCAGCGCCUACGGCCAGGCGAAGAGGAAGUUAAUGAAGGCCAACGCCACACCCGCCGCAGACGCAUCCACUACAGUUGCAACUCAGGGAUCUGAUGACUCCACUGAUACGCCUUCUGCAAGCGGAACCGCACUCGAGGUGACGCCCAAGAAAGCACCUACCAAACGCAAGAAGGCUGCCGCCGCUGGAGCAGCCGGUGAGGACGGCUCAAACAUCAACGCCGAUGGUGAGGCGUCCUCUGCGCCUCCCAAGAAGCGCGCGCGAAAGUCCCCGGCAAAGAAGAAGACUGCUGCGAAGAAGAAGGAAGAUGACGUCGACGAAGACGGUGACAAGAAUAUGGACACCACUCCGUCUAAGAAGGGGUCCAAGGAGGCGGAGGCCAGCACUGCUCUCGAAGUCGAGGACGAAGACACUUUGAUGAAGAUGGACACUGAGGACAAGGCUGACGGCGAAGCUGGAGAGGACGAGAUCAUGGACGAAGCCGAUGCGGAAGUCGACGUCAAGGGAAAGGGGAAGGGAAAGGGAAAACAGAAGCAAGAGGAGCAGGAGGACGAUGAUAAGGGAAGCGAAGAGAGCAAUUCCUGA